AUGAAUCACGGCGAGCAAAUCAACGACGCUGAGUGCGGUUAUGUUGAUUCAGACGAAGAAACUCGGAUGGCUGAAAAGGACUUAGCUGAGGAUGCUCAGUGGAAAAUAUUCCAGAAGAACACUUUCACGCGAUGGACAAAUGAGCAUCUGAAAAAGGUCGGUUUGCACAUCGACGAUUUGGAGACCGAUUUAAGUGAUGGUCUGCGUCUAGCUGCACUUGUCGAAAUACUGUCAGGUCAUAAAUUUCGUCACAUCAAUAAGAGACCAUCUUUUAUAACUCAAAAACUUGAAAACGUCACUACUGUACUGAAAUAUCUAGAGGAGAGUGAAGGCUUGCGUCUCAUAAGCAUAGAUAGCAGUCAUAUUGUCGAUUGCAAUUUGAAGCUUAUACUUGGCCUAGUAUGGGCCCUUAUUUUGCACUACUCAAUAUCAGUGCCUUUGAUUUCAGACGAUAAUGUGCCACAGGAUGA